AGGCUCAACUGACGGGCGGCAUGGCGGACUGGAGUCCUAAGGAGGGGUGGUUCCCCUUGACUCGAGUACAGCAGGAGAGGAUAUGGAAGGAUAUAAUUCGAAAGGAUGAAAACUUCUCCCGGCAGCGGCAGCGGGAGGCAGAGAAGCUGAAGAGCGACAAGAUGAGCAUGCGAGAGCAUAGAGUGAGAGAUCCGAUCCUGCGAGUCGACGACAUCUGGCGCAAGCAGCUCACCAAGGGCACGAGCAGCGAGGCCCCCCAUCCUCCGUCCUCCGCUCUCGCGCAGAUGCCGACGGCUGAGCUGGCAAAACUGCAGGAGCAGGUGGAGGAGGAGAUGGGGAGGAGACGAUGGCGCGCUGCGGUGGCGAAGCUCGACACCGAGAAGUUGACUGCCUUGUCUGAGGUUGUUGAGGAGAAACUGCAGAAGAAGCUGGAGAGGAAGCAACGUUGAUGUGACAUGAAUAUUUACAAGAAAAUCAACAUGACAAGUA